GAAAAUGGAGGCUGUGGUUUCUUUGAGUGGUGUGAUAACUCCUCAGGAACUCCCAUUUACAAUGGAGCCCAGAUUCAACCAUCAAACUCUUCAUACCCAGAUCUUCAGUGUUUUUGUGGUGCAGGCUCUUGCUCGAUUUUAACAGCGAGGACAGGAAAAAAUGUGGGCCAGCAGUUCUACCGUUGUCCUGCUAAUCAGGGAAAUUCUUGUGGUUUCUUCAAAUGGUGCAGUGAACAAACUUCAGCAGUUGGGUUCCCAAUGAGUACUUCACAGGUUUGCAGUAGCUUUAAUGAUGCAAGCAGCAAAAACCAUAAUGGAAGGAGUAGUUCCACCUGUUUCAAAUGUGGGCAGGAAGGCCACUGGGCUAGGGACUGCCCCAAGCCUUCAUCUGAUUAUUCUGCUGGAGCGGGAGGAAUGUCUGGUUCAGCAGGCACUUGUUACAAGUGCAAUAGGCCUGGGCAUUGGGCCAGAGACUGUACUGGUCAAGAUAUGAAAGUUCAUCACGUGCAGUAAAACUUUUGGUUUGUAUCGAAGUUAGAUUGUAGAUAGGAAGCUUUCAGUGCUGGUCACUGCAUCUCUUGUUCAUGUAUAUGGGUAUUAAGCGUAGUAGCAUUUUGCAAAGCAUUACAGUUUUGCAACUGACGAUACUUCUUUGAAGCAUUGAUCAACUCAGGAGCUUUCUAUAUGCUGAAAAUUCACAAACGAAUCACUUCCAAUAUGUGGGACAAUAUUUUGUUGUUUAUGCUUUUAUUAUGGUGCUAGGAGGCAUAAACAAUGGUGGCUAAGUUUUUGACUGCAUGAGUGAAUGAUUUAGAAUUUGAUUCA